CUUUAUGCGGAGGUGGUUGAAUCGGUGCAAGGCAACCUGCCGGGGCGGCACAUCCGUUAAACGAUAACACGGCUUGAAGGUAGAGGUGUCAGAAAAGUUACCACAGGGAUAACUGGCUUGCGGAAGCCAAGCGUUAAUAGCGACGUUGCUUUUUGAUCCUUCGAUGUCGGCUCUUCCUAUCAUUGUGAAGCAGAAUUCACCAAGUGUUGGAUUGAUCACCCACCAAUAGGGAACGUGAGCUGGGUUUAGACCGUCGUAAGACAGGUUAUUUUUACCCUACUGAUGCACCGGUUCCGCGACAGCAAUUCAACUUAGUACAAGAGGAACCGUUGAUUCGCAUAAUUGGCAAUUGCGUCAGGCCGGUCGGCCUGCGGCGCGAACCUACCAUGCGCCGGAUUAUGACUGAACGCCUCUAAGUCAGAAUCCAAGCUGAAAGCGUUAUUACAUUCUCUGGGCUCACCCUAGCUAAGAAUAGGGGACGCUUCGUGCGCCCCCAAGAGCAUAUGCCGAGACGCUCGUGGAACAAGAGCGGCAACCAUUUCAGGGAAACUAAUCAUUUGCAGACGACUUAAACCAAACGGGGUAUUGUACGCGGCAGAGUAGCCUUGCUGCU